AUGGACGCAGCAUCUGCUUAUAACCAGCAUUCGAGCCAGGGCCGACGAAAGAACCGCUCCUCGACAAACCUUAAUCACCUUUCCCUUGCUCCGUUGACCACAAAGCUCCCCAUCAACGACACUGAGAUCAUGUUCACCGACCUGACCAUCCACACCUAUUCCACCUCAUACAUCCAGGGCAAGUCUGCCCCCACAACUCCCUCCCUGCUGAGCCGCUCCCCCGCGCGAGCCACCUCCAGGACCCGGCACCAUUCCCGCCAGGGCUCGGCGACGCCCCUGCCAAAGAGCAAGUCCGCCGUCCACAUAACUCCACAGGGUAGGACACCCAGGUCCGGCACCACAUCGCCCGGUGGGCAGCGGCGCGGCCCAAGGAAGGAGGAGGCCGUGUCUGCCCGUGGACGGACGGAUAGUGACUGGCUACUCCGCGCCGGAGUGCUUAUAAGCAGCGAGACAAGGGAGUCCAAGGGCCAGUCAUGGCUAGUGUCGCGCGCGAGCUCGACCAGCCUCACAGGUAUGCAGGGCGACCGCGACGACGACGAGGACGACCAUGACCCGGACAUGUUCGAGAGGGAGAGGAUCGCACGCGAGAACGCCAUCGCGAGCAAGCACGCCAGCCGGAGGGGCAGCAUGGGCGUGUACGAGGGCGACGAGUCGCCGCUGGUCAGCCGCACUGGGAGUUUCCACGCCAGCCGGACCGGUAGCCGUAGCCAGCUUAUCACGCCUGGCGAGAGGGCCAGCAUCGAGGGUUACUUCGCCUCGCAGGGCUCGGGUGGGGAGUAUGCACCCGGCCCGGACUUCGUUAACCUCGACGAGAAGCUCGAGGCAAUCGGCUUCGAGGGCGAGAUUGAUCAGGAUGACGAGGCCGACGUUAGGCGGCUGGUCAAGAAUGGCCAUUCCCGGCCGGGCACCUGGUUUGGGAACAUUCUGGGGUGGACCUUGGCCUCUGUAGAGGAGAAUGACGAGGAUGACGAUCCCGAUGGGGAGGGCUCUGAUGGCGAACUAGAGACAUCUGCGCCCGAGACGCCUUACGAAAGGCAAUUCGAGGGAGCCACCAUCCUGUCCGAACAACGAAUGCCCGCCCCUAAAGCCGAGGAAGGCGGCUGGCAAGACGCUGCUUGGUUGCUGAGUGUUGCGUCCAAAGUGGCUUGGUCUUAA